GGUAGAUAGACAUCUCUCUAAUUGCCACGAUGUUUACACACGGUCCAACGCGUCGAUGAUCAUGAAGAGGUGUGGUAUCGCCCAUGGCUCGUGAUUUUUGCCGGAGUCGUUAUCUAGCCGGCGGGCGACGUGUGGCGAUUUUGCUGCUCGGCCCGCUGCAGGACGUUUUGUGUCCCCCUCGACUUCGUGGAGGCCACAUCCCUGCUCCCAUACGAAGAUUCUUCCUUGCUGCAACAAUCAUCGCCCUUGACGGAGAAACGGUGUGCCCUCCGGGUGCUCGGGUGAGAAGAAGGAGGGGGGGGGGAGAUGACGAGCCAAUGAUGAUGCCGAAGAGGAGAUAUCCCUUUUGCAACUACUUUUGCAAAAGAGACCAGAGACCCGAGACCAGAGCCAGAGAGACCAGAGACCAGAGACCAGAGAGAGACCAAAGAGACCAAAGAGACCAGAGACAGGCCAGAGAAAAGGCGCAAGAAAGAGAGCUCUCCGCCCGGCCGAGCAGGCCCGAGCUGAGUGGCCCGGCCGGCCCGCCAGGGAUCCGUGACCUGGGGUUUCCCUGCAAAUGCGUGUCCAGCUGAAUGGCUGCUGGAUCAGGCUAGGAGCGGUGCCUUCCUUGAUCCAUGCAUGCAUUGCAGCACUACAGAACUAACUCAUCGCCUGAGGCCCCCCCCCAAGGCUGCCACAACUUCCCUUCCAAGUUCCCGCCCCUCCCUCGGCUGCUGUGCGUGCAUGACAUGACAUGGG